CACCCCUGGAAUAAAGCAAAAAGCUGCAGUGGAGACAACUAAUUUAAUUCAUUGAAAACAAAAAACAAAGCAAAAUACACAAAAUAUUUCCCUCUGAGAGUGUGGUGGAGUAAAAGUAUAAAGUGAACAAGUACCCCAAAUGUUACUAAAGUGAAGUACUUGAGUAAAUGUACUUAGUUAUAUUACACCAAUGAUCACUAAAUUAAACACUUGGAGGAGACCCUUAGGCAUAACCAGACUACCUUUGAAAAUGUUGGAUUUUAAUCAGGCAGUAAACUGAACAGCUCUGGUGAAGUGUGUGAGGACAGGGAGAGGACAGGCUGGGAGCAGAGGAGGUGGCAGUGGAAAGAGGGAUAACAGCUGACAAAGAGCAGGUUAUGUCGGGGUUAAUGUUUAGCCUGAGGACGAGCAGCUUAUGGCCCUGCAGUCGUGUGUUCAGACUGAGCAGUCUGCUGCUGCCUCCGCUCUGCAGGAACCUCUCGUCAAAAAUGUCGUCAGACUCCCACUGGCUCUCCCCUGCAGACCGGGAUCAGCAGGUGAUGGACCUGAGGGCCACAGGAUGGGUGGAGGUGGAGGACCGCGAUGCCAUUUUCAAAGAGCUUCAUUUCAAAACCUUUAAUCAGGCGUUUGGCUUCAUGUCCCGAGUGGCUCUGCAGGCAGAGAAGAUGAACCACCAUCCAGAAUGGUUCAACGUUUAUAAUAAGGUCCAGAUUACAUUGACUACACAUGACUGUGGAGGGCUGUCAAAACGGGACAUCAAAAUGGCCAAAUUUAUUGACAAAAUUGUACUCUCAAUGUAAUGCUUUGACUUUAAUUAGACAGUGUUUCUUGUUCCUUUGCUUUUAGUCACAACUCAGUUAAAUCAAAAAUGAUUCCUUAUAUAAAUAAGUUUGCUGUCUCAUAUAGAUCCAUAGACCUCUGGGUUCAUCUCAAGUGAAAUCUGUGAUAUUCUAUUUUUUAUGUUUUUAUUUUGUUCGCAUUGCAUUUUGUACAAGCUUUCUGUAAGAAUAAAACAUUGAUUUUGUGAAAA